GAGAACGGAGGAAGAAAAACCUAAUAUCCAAAGAAUACACGGACCCAACAAUUUGAUUUCCUAAUAUUAGCCCAAAAAUGUCUGGGCAACAAGUCAGUUUUUUGACAGGGGCCCAACAAGGCAACAACCAAAGGCCUAAUAUGAUUUCUUCGUACUCCGUAUUAAUUAAGGAAUGAAAUUAUCCUAACCCUAACGGCUAGUUUCUUCCUGAUCCAUCUCCCAACGGUCGAAUUCCCCACUUUAUAAUCUCUUUUCUUUUGGCUCUUCCUCAUUUGUCUUUGUCUUCUCUCAAUCGUCCACGCUCCCCUUUCUCUGUCUCGCCCUCGAUUGAAAUCCGAUCAAUAAUCUCAAGUUCCAGCAAAUCCUAAUUCUGAUUUCUCGAUAUCAAUGGAAACCCCUUCGUCUACCAGAAGAAUCACAAGGUCUCAAGCUAUGUCUGCUAGCGCCAACAGCAACACCAAAACAUCAAGAAAGUUUGAAGAUUCUGAAAAGAGUGUAUCAAAAUCAAGGCAAAUGACAGAGAAACAAGAUCGGUGUGUGCUAAUUGACAUAACGAAUGAUUCCCCAAUUGUUGGUCUUGCGAGUGGAAGCUUAAAUGGAACUCCAAUUUCCUCUUUCUCAAAACAGAGGAGAAAUGUUUGCAAGAAAACACCUGGGUCAGGGGAAGCUCUGCUUAGAGGCCAGGUCAAGAAUCUGUUGCAGAAGGUUGAAGAAGAAGCUGAGAUUUCCAAGUUUUGUCUUGAGAACUGUGGCCCGGUUCGUCUUGGCUUCAAAGCUAUCUUUAAUUCUCCUGCGGGACUUGUUGCCCCGACUCCGGUGAAUACCCCACAAGUUGUGUAUUUCUCUGCUGUUGAGGAAUUUGAUUCUUUGAGUUCUGUUUCUGAACCCCCAAUUGAAGAUCAACUCAGAUUACCUCAGAUGAUGAGUGAUGAGAAGCAGGCAGACAUAGGGUCAGAAGAUGUGAUGAUUUCAAGGGCAUUGUUCCUAGAGUUUUCUGAGAAAUCAGACUCCUCAUCAGACAGCUCAUCUGUUGUGACUUACCAAGGAACAAUUGGAGGAGUAGAGAGCGACAGCCAAGAUCAAGUGACUUCAAUUGACGAAGACGAUGCUUCGGUCUGGUCCAUCCAAGUGAAUGUAAGCACCCAAGGCGAGGACGAAGUCAAUCAAGACGUCGUUGAAGAAGACGACAUAGCUGAUAAUGAAGAGUAUUAUGACGAGGGAGGAGUAGAAGAAGAGGAUGAGAUGCUGUUUCUUGAUGACUUGUGUGAAGGGAUAAGCAAUAUAAGUGUGGUUGAAGAAAAGAAAGGGCCAAAAUUCAUGGGAAAGCACAAAAAGUUUGUGUAUAACAGUGAUGAUGAAUUGGUUGAGGCAUUUGAAGAGUAUGAUUCUGCUGAAGUUUUGCGUUUGAAGGGACUGCCAACUCCAAAAGGGAAACAUGUUCGUUUUCUGGAUGAAGAAUGACUCAGAAGAAAAUUCAUGGGAAAGCACAAAAAGUUUGUGUAUAACAGUGAUGAUGAAUUGGUUGAGGCAUUUGAAGAGUAUGAUUCUGCUGAAGGGAAACAUGUUCGUUUUCUGGAUGAAGAAUGACUCAGAAAUUGAGUUGUGUUGCUACUGUUUUUAUAUUUCUCUGAGAAAGUGGCUAACUUUCUGAAGUUGUCUGAUUUUGCUUUUGUCAUAUUUUGCUUUUCUAGGUUUUUUAGAGGAUAUCUAGGGGCUGUAGAUUGAUUUGAAUCAAUCGAUCAGUUCAUAUUAUUGAAUGGAAUUGUGGUUGAACUCUUAAGAAUUGGUCUUUUGCACAGCA